AUGGAAAAAUCAAUCACCAGAGCUUUUACAAAACUGACUUCACAGUCCAAUACAACCGCUUCUCCGCAAAUUGUUUCCCCAGUUAAAGUAGAAAUAGCUGCCUCACAUGAGGAAAACCAUGGAUAUAGUAUAGAAAAUAAAAACGUGACAACUUCCUCCGAAAAUACAGCUUGUCCCGAUCCCAUCGUCGCCCAAGAUGAAUCUUCAUCAGAUUCGUUUGAGGAAUAUUUACAUAGCCUUGUUCAGGAAAGCGGAAACCAGCAAUACGAAAAUGAUGCAGUCAAUGGUAACGCCGUCGAGGAAAUAACUAUUACACCUCAGGGAGGAAGUACCGAGAAGAAUGAAAAUGUUGCUCCUGAUAGUAACCCUUCUAUGUACUUUGGUCAAGGAAAGUUGUCAGCCCCUUAUUACGGUAUUGAGGAGAUGGAUGCAGUGUUUAUUGAUGACUUUUGGUGCGGAUGCGUGUCGCUGCCCAUUAGUUUAGACAUUUUUGAUGAGGAACUGGUGGGGUAUAAAUGCCUCUUAGAUAUUCCACCCAAGUUGCUUGGCCCCAUUUUUGGAAAGAAUUCCAAAAAUCUCGAUUAUUUGAAUAACAAUUAUGGCGCAAAAUUAGUUUUGCGGACGGCUAAUCAAAAAGCCUCUUGUGUACGCCUUGAAGCGCAUUGUCCAAUUGAAUCCAAGGUGGGUUUUAUUAAGUGGAUGUUACAACAAAUUGCACCUAAACAUUACUUUAACGAAAUCGGCAACCCUGAACAACUUCUGAGGACUCCUCGGUUAGGUAAAGUAGAACGCGUACAUAUUCUCUCUUCAUAUUCUCGGAGGCACUUUUUUGUUACUAUCUGCGACAAAAAAUACAGCAUGUUUGAGAAAAUGGCAAGGGAGAUGACUGCGGACUAUUCAAGCACCACUUCGUGGAACCCAUUUCUCCCAGAACCAAUUUAUGCGGGCACAGUAUCAGUUCUAAGAAUAGGCACAAACUACUAUCGAGCCUUGGUAGUUAAUGUUGUGGAUGAAGUGAGCAGAUCUAUAAUCUGUUUCCUCCUCGAUUAUGGCAAAUUUGCUAUUGUUAAUGCAAGAUGUUUGCAUAAAAUCAAAAAGCGGUAUAUGAAGACUCCAUUCCAGGCUGUUUCGGUAAUGUGGGCCCACGCACAAAAUAGGUCUCUCGAUGUAUCUGAUUCCAAAUUUUUUGAUAAAUACUUCAAGAGUUCCCAACUUUAUAUCUAUCCAGUCAGAAAUGAAACUUGUACACGUGCGAAAGUGAUGUUUUUAAAAAAACGUGGUAAAGGGUAUGAAGAUGUUCUCGAAAAAGCCGUUGAGGAUCGCGAGUGCAGUUUUUCCGAAGAGAUAAUUAAACUUGACGACCAGUUUGUGCUUAACGGAACCAACACAGCUUACUAUUUCUGGUCAAAUGCGCAUUUGUACGUGAGCUUAGUGCGCUUCCAAAAGACCAACGGUGAAGUUGUUAAGGCAUUGGAUGAUCCCUAUCCUAGACCUUCUCAGGAGCACCGGCCGAACAAAGGAGGCAGGAAUCGAGGAAUGUUGCAACACAGAACUCCUAACAGCGGUGCAGAGACAACAAAGAAUAAUCGCGGAAACAAUUUCCAACGCCUAAUAGAAGAGAGAAAACGGGGUCCAAAAUCUUCCCAAUGUCGGUUUUCAUCCACGGCGAAACGUUAG